CAUGGCUGCCGGCGUCCUGGUGAAGACCUGCCUGCUGGGGGCCCUCGCCCUCCUCUCCACAGAUACCGUCGUAGCUGACACGAACCCGUGUGCGGAAACAGGCAUGACACCCUAUGACUACAGCCAGGCACUGUGCAUGUCGUUCGUGUUCUACGAGGCGCAGCGGUCGGGUCCUCUGCCGGACGACAACCGCGUCCCUUGGCGAGGCGACUCAGCCCUGGACGACGGCUCUGAUGUGGGCCAAGACCUCACUGGUGGCUACUAUGACGCUGGUGACUUUGUCAAGUUCGGCUUCCCGAUGGCCUUCACCACCACCAUGUUGUCUUGGGGCCUCAUCGAGUUCCCCGACGGCUACAGUACAGCCGGGCAGACUGAGUACGCCCAGGCAGCGAUCAAGUGGGCCACCGACUACUUCCUCAAGUGUUACAACUCCACGGACGAGUUCUGGGGCCAGGUUGGUAACGGCCACAUUGAUCACAGCUACUGGGGCCGCCCUGAGGAAAUGACCAUGGAGCGACCUUCCUACAAGAUCGACGAAGACAACCCAGGUUCAGAGUUGGCAGCCGAGACGGCCGCCGCCCUCGCCGCCGCCUCCAUCGUCUUCAAGGAUCUGGACUCGGAGUACGCCGCACAGCUCCUCGACGUGGCCGAGGAACUCUUCGACUUCGCCAACAACUUCAGGGAGAACUACGACGUGUCCAUCACCGACGCCGCCGACUUUUACCACUCGUGGAGCGGGUACGAGGAUGAGCUGAUCUGGGCCGCGUUGUGGCUGGCGAAGGCCACGGAAGAACAAACCUACAUCACCCACGCCGCUGAACUCUACUACGAGUUCGCCUUCCAGUACUCAGCGGCGCGCCAGUUCUCGUGGGACGACAAGAAAGCCGGAGUUUACGCGCUCUACUGGCAGCUGGACGACUACGACGUCGCUCUGAACCAGCUUAACACCUACCUCGACUGGCUGAAAAAUACGGCCACGUACACCCCGGAGGGCCUGGUCUACCUCGACGAGUGGGGCCCCAACAGACACGCCGCUAAUGUUGCCUUCCUCCACCUCUGGGCUGCCAAAUACGGCGUUGACACGGACGUGAACAACGACUGGGCGGCGGAACAGAUUGAUCUGCUCCUGGGCGACAACUCCCGCUACAAUAUGUCCUUCGUCGUCGGCUUCGGAGAGAAGUACCCUGAGAGGCCCCACCAUGCAUCCAGCUCGUGUCCGGAGCCCCCGGAGGUGUGCGACUUCGGGUGGGCGUACUCCCAGACGGGUCCCAACCCGCACGUGCUGUACGGCGCCCUCGUCGGCGGACCAGCAGAGGACGGCGAAUACGUGGACGACCGCCAGGACAGCCAGCAGAACCAGGUGGCCUGCGACUUCAACGCCGCCUACAGCGGUGCCCUCGCCGCCUUGGUCGAGCUGAGUACACCACAGACCACCACCAUCAUGGCUGCCGGCGUCCUAGUGAAGACCUGCCUGCUGGGGGCCCUCGCCCUCCUCUCCACAGAUGCCGCCAUAGCUGACACAAACCCAUGUGCGGAAACAGGCAUGACACCCUAUGACUACAGCCAGGCACUGUGCAUGUCGUUCGUGUUCUACGAGGCGCAGCGGUCGGGUCCUCUGCCGGACGACAACCGCGUCCCUUGGCGAGGCGACUCAGCCCUGGACGACGGCUCUGAUGUGGGCCACGACCUCACUGGUGGCUACUAUGACGCCGGCGACCUGGUCAAGUUCGGCUUCCCGAUGGCCUUCACCACCACCAUGUUGUCUUGGGGCCUCAUCGAGUUCCCCGACGGCUACAGUACAGCCGGUCAGACUGAGUACGUCCUGACAGCGAUCAGGUGGGCCACCGACUACUUCCUCAAGUGUCACACCGCCACGGACGAGUUCUAUGGGCAGGUCGGGAAUGGGGAAAUUGACCACAGCCUGUGGGGGGCACCGGAGUACAUGACCAUGGAGCGACCUUCCUACAAGAUCGACGAGCAGAACCCAGGAACAGAUCUGGCUUCUGAGACAGCCGCCGCCCUCGCCGCCUCCUUCAUCGUCUUCAAGGACGUGGAUCCAGAGUACGCGACUCAGCUGCUUGACGUCGCCAAGGAACUCUACGAAUUCGCCGACAACUUCAGGCUGACCUACGACCAGUCCAUCACCGACGCCUACAACUGGUACCGGUCGUGGAGCGGGUACGGUGACGAGCUGUGCUGGGCUGGUCUGUGGCUCGCCAGGGCGACGGGCGACGACUCCUACCUCACCCGCGUCAAGGGUCACUGGGACGAGUUUGAUUUAGAGUCUUCUGCAGCGUUUCAGUUCUCCUGGGACGACAAGAAGGCUGGAGUCUAUGCGCUGUUCUGGCUGCUGGACGGCUCCCAGGACUACCUGAACCACCUGAACACGUACCUGGUCUGGCUGAGGGACAGCGCUCCCUACACCCCAGAGGGCCUGGUCGCCCUUGCUGACUGGGGCUCCAACAGGUACGCCGCCAACGCGGCCUUCCUCAGUCUCUGGGCUGCUAAAGAAGGCGUUGACACGGAGGUGAACCAGGAGUGGGCGAGAGGACAGAUGGGUCAGCUGCUCGGCGACAACACCCGCUAUAACAUGUCUUUCGUCGUCGGCUUCGGCGACAAGUACCCUGAGCGGCCCCACCAUCGCAGCAGCUCGUGUCCGGAGCCCCCGGAGGUGUGCGACUUCGGGUGGGCGUACACGCAGACGGGUCCCAACCCGCACGUGCUGUACGGCGCUCUCGUCGGCGGACCACUUAAGACCGGCGAGUACCAGGAUGUCCGCCAGAACUACCAGCAGAACGAGGUGGGCUGCGACUACAACGCCGCCUACAGCGGUGCCCUCGCCGCCUUGGUCCAGCUCAGUUAGGACACUGCGAUUGUCUCCUGCUGAAUAGUCCAGGAACGUCACUCCUCGCUUCUAUAAUCUCUAUCUCUCUCUCUCUCUCAUUUAUCCUCGUAUACUGUUGCACCAUUUCCUAUAAUUUCCCCGAGUCAAACAUGUAAUUUAUAAAUUUUAUCUGCAAAAUUAAUAAACACUGCCAAGGAAUA